AUGGCUUCAUCAUAUCAGCAACCUACACAGAUCCAGGCUGGCAGGUCUGCCUAUAAGCGGGCGAGCAGAAAGAAUGCCGCGCGCAAAUUCCAUUGCGAGUAUCCCGGCUGCGACAAGAUCUAUUCGCGAGCCGAGCACCUCCAACGACACCAGCUAAACCACUCCCCCAAACAGAUAUAUGAGUGCGAGGUCGAGUCUUGCGGCCAGAAGUUUGUUCGGCAUGACCUUCUCGCGCGACAUAGGAAUCGCCACUCCAGCUCCUACACUCCGCGCAAUAGGGUGCCAAGCUUCAACAUCUCGACAGUCGCAGAAUCACUGGCCGUCAAUCGGGCCGCGUCGCCGCCUCUCGGGCUUGGCCGGGGUCGCGAGUCGCUUCUGCGCCCUACGCCGAAUAUGCCGCAUGAUGCUGCUGUGCUGCUCACCUCUGAUGCUGGUGGCAGCCCUGCCCUGUCUUCGAUCCCCCCCGGCCCGGCUCCGGAGCCGCCUUGGUCGUCGCCAAUGAGCCACGCCAUCAUACAGCCGAAGCCUGAGUACUACUCUCGAGACACCCAUCUUCUUCAGCAACCACCUCCGGUGAUGCCCUUUACCAAUGUCCACUUCCCUCCAGAUGCCGCUGUGGCUCUGGCACGGGAUAACUUUGCCAUGUGGCUCUUCGAUCCCCAGCCUAGCUACGAGUUCAGCGUCGCCCAUCUCCCGUUCUUGGAAGGCGGCCUCGAGUCUCCCUUCAACAGCAAUAUACACCACGACUAUGAGUCCCUGACGAGCCGAUCUCAGCUCGAGACCCCUCCGCGAUUGGUCGACACCGACGAGCUCCUUACUGAGUUCCGGCGACAAGAAGUUUUGCACUUUUUCCAAGCUUUCCGCGCCAAGCAGCCCAAAUGUGAACCGCUGAUUACCAACCUCGUUCAGGACGGUGGGGGCGACAUGCCCAUGCUCGACCUUGAGAUGAUGCGAGAUUGCUUGCGCGAGUUCUGGGAGAGAGUGUCUCAUCGACUACCAGUCAUCCACCAGCCGACCUUCUCUUGUAACCGAUGCCCAAUUCUCCUACUUCUCGUCAUGGUGGCCCUGGGGGCUACCUCCCUUCGAAGUCGGGAUCGCAGCGGCAAACUGUCCGACUAUGGUGCUUUCGCAGAUGUCAUCAUCACCGGCGCUCGUUGGGAGAUCUUGACAGUCGAGGAAGCGUCUCCGCCGGUGGCGCUGUGGGUUGCCCAAGCUCUCCUGCUUCUGGAGUUCUACGAGAAGCUGUAUUCUUCCAGGAAGCUCCAUGAGCGCUCUCAUAUAUAUCACUCAGCUACACUCACCCUUUUGCGGCGUGGGAGCCCCUUGAUCGGGCGCUCCGGGAGCGAAUCACCGCCGGGUGAGUUUGCCUCGGGCCUCGUUGGCGAUCCGAGCGCGGCCGGACUCGACUCUCGCACGUGGUGGGUGCGGUGGGCGGAGACUGAGGCGAUGCACAGAGCUGUCUUCGCCGCCUUCUCCCUGGACGUCAUUCACGCCGCCAUGUUCGGGCAUGCUUCUGACAUGGCUCCCCACGAGAUACGGCUCCCUCUUCCCUGUGACGACAAUUUGUGGACCGCAUCCAAGCCAGAAGAUGUCAGGCAACUGGAUGCUAACCUUCGCAUGUAUGGUGUCAAGCCUGUCUCCUUCCUUGACGGCCUCAAAAGAGCUUUGCACGGCAAGGAAGUCAAGACACAUAGCUUCGGAAGGAUGAUAAUAAUGUCCGGGCUCUUGAGCGUCGGGUGGCACUUUUCCCAUCGAGAGACUCACCUCAAGUGGCUGGACCUCACCACCCCGUCCAACGAAACCAGGGACAAUUGGCGCAAAGUCUUGUUGAAAGCAUUCGACGACUGGAAGGGCAGCUAUGACGCCGCACAGGGAAUGCUGGAGUCAUCUGCCGCCUCAGCGGGCCAGCGUGGUGGCUCAAACGGGCCAAUAGAGGUUGCCGCGGUCCUCUACCAUCUCGCCCAUCUUAGUCUACACGUCGACAUCGUCGAUGCUCAGGUCUAUUCAGGGGCGAGGAGGCUUUUGGGCCGGAAGGUAUCCAGUCGAGACUAUACAAACGUCGUGUCGCGAAUGCAGGGGUGGGCGGCCUUGUCUUCAACUAGACAUGCCGUUCUUCACGCGUUCAAACUUCUCUACGGUGUGCUCGUAGAUCCUCGCAAGACCGAUAGACGCCGGCACACGUCGAGCACCGGGGCGAACACCCUUCCGUCAACCGAAGCUCGAAUCUACUCUUGCUACAACGAACAGGAUCCACACAGGCCUUGGAUCUUGUAUUACGCUGCUUUGAGCAUCUGGUCGUUUGUCCGGGCACUCAGUGCCACUGUCCCGUACCAACAAACGCAGCCACAGAGCUCUCUCCCGGGCGUGGACCGGCCCAACAGUUAUCGAAGAGUCGUCAACUAUCUUGCGAAUGUUGCUACCAUGAGCGAACUGAGUGAACCUGUGGCUAUCAACCUUGCAGACGGCUUGCCGGAGCUGCUCGACUACCUCCAGGUCAUUUUUUCCGAAUCUCAGUUCGAACUUUUGAAAGAAGCGCACAAUCGCCUCAAAGUGUGUAGGGAGAUGCUGGUCCACGGAGGAUGA